UGCCACGUGUCAUCGAAUAUAUAGGUCCGUCCGGCGAAGGUGCGGCGCGCUUCGGAGUGCCACGUGUCAUCACGAGAGUCCAGAGGGAGGAUGUUGCGACUCGUGGGCGCCGUCCGCCGGGCGCAGCAGAGCGGGAAUUGUGGCAGUAAUGUCGUCACGCGCGUUGUCGGCGGCCACGUCAGAAAGCAUGCCCUCAGUGGAGCGACACGUGGCAGUAGAAUGGAAGGAUGGAGAGUUUGCGAGGGGCCAGAUUCUGUCGCGACCUCCUGCUUGGCUCAGCAGGGAUCGGGAUCCGUCCGAUCGUACGGUACGAGGCUGUGGCAUGUGGUCUGCAGGUCAGCUGGAGAGGUUUCUCGUCCUGCCGACAAGCUUGGAGGGAGUGGACCAGGAAUGGCUGCUAUAUCGGGAUUAGCUGGCCUCAGAGGUGCUCGGUCCAUGAUUCAAAAAGUGACCGUCGAGCUGCCGGGCUUGCAAGGCCAGGCACAAUGCGCUGGUCGAAGGAUACCUCAAAAUUUAUUGGCACAACAGAGCCAAAGGGUCAUGUCAACAACAACAACUGGCGCAGCGGCUGCUGCCGGAUCGACGGCUAUCCAAGGCGCUCGGGCAUUGGUGACUGCAGGUCCUGCAGCUCAGAAGCAGGUGUCGAUGUGGCUUUUUGGAUGCGCCGGAUGGGUCUUCAGCAUGGUGGUCUUGGGAGGAGCAACACGAUUGACAAGGUCGGGAUUGUCGAUGACGGACUGGAAGUUCACUGGUUCACUCCCACCAAUAAAUGAAGCAGAAUGGGAGAAGGAGUUCGAGAGGUACAAACAGUCUCCUGAGUACAAAAGGGUGCACCGAUGGAUGAGUGUUGAGGAUUUCAAGUUCAUAUUCUACAUGGAAUAUAUCCACAGGAUGUGGGGUCGUGGCCUAGGGUUCUUCUUUGCUCUUCCUUGUGCAUUCUUUCUGAAGAAGGGAUAUAUUACAAAGCCCCUCGGAGCACGUCUAGCACUCUUGUUUGGAGCAGGAGGCGGUCAGGGGCUCGUUGGUUGGUGGAUGGUAAAGAGUGGGCUCGAGGAGCCAGAGACAGAGUGGAAGGAGCCGCGCGUGAGUCCAUAUCGAUUGGCUGCACACCUUACAGUGGCAUUUUCCAUCUAUUCAGGUUUGAUUUGGACAGGUCUGUCUGUUGCGUCGCCAGCCGUGGCUGCAAGUCUGUCGCCAAUAGCAAGUGCAGCACUGUUGAAGACGAGAAGGCUCGCUCUGCCUCUCUGUGCCGUCAUCGGAAUCACAGCGAUCUCCGGCGCUUUUGUUGCUGGAAACGAUGCGGGACGCGCCUUCAACACGUUCCCGAUGAUGGGGGAGCACUGGGUUCCGGAGGGGAUGCUGCAAAUGCAACCAAUGCUGCGCAACUUUUUUGAGAACACAGCAACAGUCCAGUUUCAGCAUCGCAUGCUGGCAUAUGCUACGACAGCUGGGGUGGUUGCACUCUGGGCGACUACGAGAAGACUUCCUCUACCACCCACCUCACAGCUGCUGGUUCAGUCUCUCCUCGGUGUGACAAUGCUCCAGGUGACGCUCGGGAUCACGACCCUCCUCACCUAUGUCCCCGCUUCGCUGGGAACCGCGCAUCAAGCUGGCGCUCUGACCCUCUUCACAAUUGCUUUGGCGCUGAUGCAUUCCCUCCGGCGGCCCUCCGCCAUACAAUUCGCGACUGCCACAAGGGCUGUCAAUGCUGCUGGUCUCAACAUGAAGCCCUCACUGUGAAGCUUAUGAGUCUUCAUUCAGGUCAGGUACAAUGUCUCAAUAUUGACGGAGGAGGGAGGGAGGGAGUCCGAGGGACUAGUGUGUUUUUUUGUCUUUUUUUUUUUUUUCCCUGUUAGUUAAACUUAGUUUGAAGUUUUCGUAUCCAGUCGUUUGUGACAACAGAGCGCAGCCGUUCAGGUUUAGAAAUGUCGCAGCAUGCAACCAAUAUAUUGAGUAUGCCUGGAAUUCAAUUCCACAGUGAAUAAAAGCAUUUUGCAAUC